UAGAAUAUGCGGCGAAUUCUCUUUCUUUUACCUGAGUUACAAGAAAACUGAAGAUCCUUGGUCAGUCCGAACAAAUGGCCAUUGUAGUAAAUUUCGAUUCACGUGAAAUUUCAAUGUAAAAAAUUCCUCCAUUGAUUUUACGAAGUUUGAUUCGAGUAGGAAUUCGGGCCUCCCGAGACAACUUUUUUUUUUGCUUCGAAAAUAUGCAUAGGGACAAUCUAGUAUCGUGGAUCCAAAAUAACGCAUGAUGAUCGUGAGAAAGCAAACUGCAUUUUUGGGAUGACUGGGACACUUGCAAAUAAAUUGCAUCUUGCAUUCGUUAAUUGGUCAUUACACGUUAUGAAAUCGUAGCAACGUAACUCCAACAAUCAUUACAGAGUACAAACGAGUAGGUGGUGUAAUUUUUCGAUUUGACGAGCUUCUGCGAUUUGAUCAAUCCUAAUUAUCUCCGAUUUUUCAUUGCGAUAUAAGAUCUCUCAAUUUGCCCCACGAAUUUCCAAAAAACCAGAGAACCCAGUGUGCCUUGCUUUUUUUCAACUUUCGAACGAUCGUCAACCGCAGGGGUGUCGGGGUGAUCGAUAACCGAUCGAUCAUUAAUCGAUGAAAAUUUUUGCUCUCAUCGCCCGCGUGAUCGUUAUUCGCGUAAGUUACAGACGGAUGCUGUUCGCCGACAGGAGAUGAGAACGAAUCCGAGUUUCGCCGGCCGCGUGUUGCUGCAGAGAAAUUGAAAGAAACUUAUUUGACGUCAUAGGUAGAUGGCGGUUCUCGGAUCGAGAGUCAUCGUAGUUAUGUUUAGAGCGUCGCGAGUAUCUCCCGACUCUAGAUAUCUCUCAUUGCUCGUUGUUCGCUCCCGCUCGUUGGCUACCACCUACUCUCCGUGCGAGCGAGUGAGUCCGCUAUUACCGCGACUUCUAGUCGUCGCUGAAUAAAAAAGCAUCCAGGGUAUAAGUCCGGCGAGCCGCUCUCACUCUGUCAGUGUUCAAUCGUACUUCGCGAUGGGUGCGUGUCGCGCUGCCGUGUUGAUAAUUCGUGAAUAUAUUUGAGAUUAAUAAUCCAUCGUAAACGUCAGUGAGUUUGGUGAUCUCGAGGGAAUUGAUUAAUUUAUUUAUUUAUUUUUUUCCUUUUUUUUUUUCUCCUCCCUCUCUCGUCGACACCGUUUAUCCAUCGAUUCCCCUUCCGAAUUUCUUACCGAAAAAAAACCGAUUCGCUAUUCGGACUUCGAUGAAAAAUCGUUCGAUAAAUAAAUAGCAAGGUUACACGUACUCGGUAUAUCUGUUGGUCACGUGAUUACCGCGCAGUCGAUUCGAUUGGAUUUCAAUUUGAAUCAGGACCAACUUUACCUGGGUGGUAAACAAAUAAAUCUCGGUAUUUUAUCGGUAAAAAUAGAAUCGACGAGAUAUCUCGUACCGCUGCGAGGAGGAGACAAAAAGACGGGAAAGACAACGGCGGAAAAAAGAAAAGUUACGAACAGAUUAAUUCGAUCAAGUACAUCCUAUUAUUUUGAUGGCCGUGAUACACUAAUCGUGACGCAAGGGAGUCCAACUGGGAUAGCCAUUGUCAGAAUACCAUAUCACACCGCUACGCCGUGGUUAAUAAACCGAUGCGAUAAGCGACGAAAAUUUUUAAUACCAAUUUACAUUACGGUUGUACGUUUCGAAGAGGAACAAGAACGACGUGAAGCGGAGACGAUAAUUCCGAAAGACAACUAUCUCGUAAAAAUCGCUGGGUUUUUAAAAUUAUAGCGAUAAAUAAUUUUCCCACAAAAUUGUCGAGUGUCGUCGUCGUCGUCGUCGUCGUCUCGUCGGGGUGUACAAUAAUUUUGUACGUUUAAUGUAAUCGUCAUUAUUAUUACAACCGCAAGUACACGUACAUCGAAUAAAACUCUCACCAUUAUUAUCCGUCUCUUAAAAUCGAAAACAAAUUUUAUUCUCAUCAGCUUACAUACACACGAUUGUACACACGGUACAUAAUACUUACGUACAGAAAUACGUCGACGGAGUCACGUGCGCCGAUAUACAUACGUACGUACAAACAUACAAAUGACACAUAUACCCACGUUGGUACGUGCAUAAAAUAAAAUCAAAUAAUUUAACCAGCUGUUGGAUCCUCCCGUAAUAAUAUUGAUAAUAAUUUAUUUGACUCAACAGUGAAGUGUUUUAUGUUUAAACAAAGUGGUGGUAAUUUACCAAAAUAAUAAUGACUGCUAUGCUGGUAUCCGUUGCGGAGCUCUCCAACAUUUUCUCCGUACUCGCAGUAUUGAUAUGCUUCUGCGGGGUCAUCCUAUUUAUCAUGAGUUCUUUAUGUUCGGACAGAAACAUGAUGGUGCUUCGGGUACACGGAGAUGACCUUAUGUUCGGUGGAAGCAGUGGAGUUCUGCCUCACGCGCCCCGAAUACCCCAGAUGAAGAUGAUGAAAGUUCACAUACCCUUCACUUUUAAGCUACACGAGAGCUUCAGAAGCACCUAUGCCGAAAUUGAGUGCGAAGUAUCCAGCCAAGUGGAGUAUUCUUUACAAGCGAUUUGGGGUGUCAGUAUACGAGAGUUGCAUCUCGCACUUUGGAGGCCUUGGAAUGCCCUGAGAGAUGCGUCCUUGAAAGGAACCCUUCUUCAAGGGCACGCACAGUACCUCACACCACCGCAAGCUAGACAGCCUCACGGGGAACAUACGCUGAGAUUGUCGCUUCCGGCGCCGGAACUCCAAUUGGGAACUCCACCCCGCCUCUGUUAUCCUCUAGUCAUAUUCCUGACGCGUAGAGACACCAGAGAUCUGCACCCCGACGAGACGGUGGCACUUGUCAACGUAGUACACAUUAAGGACAACGUGUGCACCUUACCCACCUCCAUCCUGGCGCAGUAUCUUAAGCAGGCGAAUGGGCAGCUGUCCUGUCUCAAGCAACUCUACCUGGCCACGGGUAAUUCUACGAGCUACGACGACGACGUGUCAUCGACGGGACUGGGUCCAGCGCUGGCCUUAGCUGAACCUUGCAACAAUACACCAGGCAGUGGACCAGGUGCCCUGGUUGCCUCUGGUCCGGGAGAUCCGUCGGAAGGUUCCCUCUGGAAUUCAGCAGGAGAGCAGCUUUGCGUUGUCUGUCAAUACUUUCCAUUAUCACGUGCGCUUUUGCCAUGUAGACACACGUGUAUAUGCGCUUCGUGUUUUGGUAAGCUAGAGAGAUGUCCGAUGUGCAGAAGUCCUAUAAAAAGUUACUUUUGCAUACGCGGCGAGGAGUACAUGCCGCCGGAAAAGGAGAUGAAUCCUUGCAAGCACAGACAACAGACACCCGGAGCUUCCCAUUGGCUUCACGAUUGGAACGACAGACUCACCGAUUUUUUGGGAUUUGCACGUUGAACGACUAACAGUUGUCGAUAAUGAAAACUACAGAAGGAGAACGAGAUUAGUAAAGAAAAAGGAGAAAGAAAUGAGGACGAUAUUACUGGCGAACUAUUAUUAAAAACAUUGAAACUAUUAUUUCCUUUCUCGUUUCGAUUUCUCUUUGUGACUUUGGGAAUAAUUCGUAAGCUUUGAUACUACGAUGUUUGAUAACUAUUUCCGUGCAUUCGUAGAUGAUAUAGACGGAACGGCUUUGACGACCACCUGACCACACAAUACUUCUGAGACAUGGUAACGAAAGAUUCAAUUUUCACGGAUUAUUUGAGUCUUGACUCCUCCCCCAUUAUUCGAUGACUUUCCCCUGAUAAGGGGACUGAAUGAUGAACGGCGGAAUUUUAUUGUCAGCCAAGCCUAGAGCGACGGAAAGGUCGGUAUUGUUUAAUAUUGUUUGGAACGUAUCGAUAGCAAACUGAUUCGUGACUGGCUAUGUUGCAUGUAUCGGUAGAAUUCUAUGGUAGAAUCAAACAUGAGAACGUGUAUUUGAAUUUAAUUUGAAAGCAAUUGGAAGACAAAUAAUUCGGAGACUUUAAAGAGUUUAAUUCUGAUUCUGCCGAGAAAAAAAUUAUAUUUGCCCCCAAUGCAAUUGACGACGUAACAUUCGCCCACGCUGGUAUGAACGGAUGUGGUCGUCGCCCACUAUUAAGUACCAAUGAAUCGAUAAUAAAUUGACGAAUGAAUCGAUGAUGAGGUAUAAUUAUAUCAAUAUAAUAAUGUGUAUAUAAUGUAGGUAUAUGUAUAAAAACGAAAAAUUGGUACGAAUCGUCUAAUUGAUAGGUGCACAAUUUCCUCCGUUCGCACCGACCGUUAAGUAUUUUCCUUCGUAAGAGUGGUUUCAUUUUACAGAAAUAUUUUGCAUCAGGAUUAAAUUGAGAAAUGUAUCUAUAGAAUAUCUACUUUCCCCCCUCUCACCCCCUGUCACCUAAAUGCGAGUCGUUUGCUUGUAGUUCAAAUCAGCGAGUGAAAAUUAAAUCUUUUUCUUCAAAGACAAAUAGAUUUCGUAAAAAAUAAUACGCGUAUUUUUGUCACGAUUUUUUUUUUAUUUCUAUUUUUUUCCGAUAGGGAUAGCGAAGUAUUCGGCAAUAAGUUGCGAAGUAAGACAAAAUAUCGUGACGAUCAUUCACUAGAAGUUAAGUUGUAAAUACACAGACUGUGAUAAUUCCGAUAAUAUCUAUGUAACUAUGGAUUGCUCUCCUACGAGAAGUGCUUAAUUGCUUAGUGCUUGGGUGAAGGGCACUAUAAGACAACCUUAUUAAUAUGAUUUUGAUAAUUUAUUGUACGACACGAUUUUCAAUGUUUAAUUAAUCAGCCUUAAUGCCAAUAGUAGGUGUAUAAUAAUGAAUUUAUUAAAUAUGAAAAUGUCUCGUAGUGAAGAAGAAUUGAAUUAAAAAAAAAAAACAAUAAUAAUAAUGAAUAAUCAAAUAAAAUUAUAAAAAGAACCAUAGUAUGCCGCAAGUGCGAAUUUGUAUAUAAACUACUCGUAUGAAUUUUAACAUUAAGAUCUGUGAAAUUACUCUAUUUUAGUAGAAUACUAUGAUUAUUAGUGUAUUAAUUUAUGUAAUAGGUAAUAAUAUUCCAGUGAUGAGGAGUAACACUCUGCCAGUACGUCAGGACUUGUACAUAAUUUAUUAAAUAAACAGUGUUACAUUAAGACCAA